GAAAGAGGCAUGGCAGGCAGUGUAGCUGUUAAGGGGAGGCAAUUUGGAGAGAUGUUCAUAGUGUGGGUACAGUCGACCCACCCCUGAUGUUGCCAUGUCCAAGAAAGUGAAUGCUCUUGCAGUGCCAGUGGGUCAAAUGACCCAAGCGGUUUCUGAUGGGGAACUGAACUUUAAGUUGUCCAGCAGCGGCAGCAGCUCCAGUCUGUCGGAGAGCUCGAGCAGGUCGGGUGGACCUCAGAGUCCAGAUGGUCCUGCCAGCAGAGUGGUCAGCUGGGCGGUGUGUUUCGAACGCCUGCUGGAAGACCAUGUUGGUGUGCUCUACUUUACCGAGUUUCUCAAAUCCGAGGUGAGCGCAGAGAAUAUCCUGUUCUACCAAGCCUGUGAAAAAUUCAAGAAAAUCCCACCAACCAGAAAGGAUGAGCUCAAGAAAGAGGCCCGCUCCAUCUAUGACACUUUUCUGUCUGAAAGCUCUCUGCAUGCGGUUAAUAUUGAUGAUACAGCUCAGAUGGAAGAGAGCGCCCUGGAGACGCCCACACCUGACAUGUUCAACAAAGCCCAGCAACAGAUCUUCAAGCUAAUGAAAAUGGACAGCUACACGAGGUUCGUCCGCUCGCUUCUGUACAAGAACUGUAUGCUGGCAUGUGUGGAGGGACGUCCUCUUCCAAACAUCGAAUCCCCAGAGCCCAAAAGCAAAGCCUCCAAAAAGAGUGCAACGCCACCUAGUGACAGGAAGAGUGUUGAGUUGAAAGUACCGUCAUCGGACAGUAAGAGCAACAGGAAGAAGAGGUUAGAGAAGAGAGGAUCAUGGGGAGCUGAUGUUUCGUACCAGCAUGUGUCAGUGUCUCGUAAAGAGUCCCAGAUCUCUGUGAAGUCUAACAGCAGUCUGGAGUUAGUUUCUGGUUCCUUUCGAGCAGAGAAUGGCCGCUGCAGUGUCGCCAUCUCUGAUCCUGAGGCUUUGAGUUCUGGUUCCCCUACAGCGGAUAAAUACUGCUGCGUUUACUUGCCGGACGGUACUGCGAGUCUGGCUCCCGCCAAACCCAGUCUCACCCUCAGAGACAUGCUCAGCAGCCUGUGUGAGAAGAGAGGGUUUCCUCUUAAAGAUGUUGUUAUCUAUCGUCGUGGGAAAGAAAAGCCUCUUUCUCUGGAUCAGGACUGUUCUGUGUUUGGAGAUCAGCAGCUCACUUUGGAACUCAGAAUAUCGUUUGCGCUGGAGAUGGUGUUUUCGGGACAAACGAUAGGAAUCGUUGCAAAGUCGAGUAAGAGUCUAGGCGAUGCGAUUUCUGCCGAACUACAGAAACAUCAACUGCAGCCUCAGGAUGUGCAGGUUACUCAUAGUGGCUCAAAAGAACCUCUUAACAUGAGCACAAAUGUGUUCCGUCUGGCCAACAAAACGGUGUGUUUGGAUCGCGUUAAAGUUGCUUUGGAGACUCGAGACUCUUCGCCAACACCCAGAGGAAGACCCAGAAAUCACCAUGAGAUGGAUGGUCUUGUUGAGAUGCUGUCUCGCGUUCAGUGCAGUCGAGUCGAAGAUCAGCGUGGUUUACUCACCAAAGAGCAGCUCGCUGUGCCGAAGUUCCUGCAGCUGCCAGCAGGGAACGGAGGGCAGACAUUCUGCGACCCCUCACAGGAAGAAAGUUGUGCCCUUUGACCUCUAAGAUCCUGUCCAGUGUGAACUGAUCCAGAGCACUAAAGACUCGUAUAAACAGGUGUCUGUGCCAGACUAGAGGCGUUGAACUCUGAUAAGAUUACUAAACUGUCUGUCUGCCCGUGUGAUGAGAUUACAUGUUCUUAAUUUGUUAUACAGACAUCUGUGUGUAUAUUUUGUAUAUUACAACAUACACAGAUGCUGAUCGCUGGCUCUUAGAACUAGCACUUGAAUAUAAUUCAAAACUAAGGAGACAAUGAGAGAUUUAAUUUUUUUAAAAAAGGUCAAAACAUGUUGCGAUUUUUACCUUUUUAUCGUAUUUAUUUUCAUAUCAGAUUGUAUUGUGUGCAUUAUCAAGUGUGCUCUUGAACAUAUAUGGUAUGGGAACACAUGACUUUAUAUUGAGCAUUUGCUUUGUUCACUUUGAGUUUUAGUGUCUGAUCAAAAAAUGAUCCGUGUGAGUUGAUGUUGGGAAUAUUGCACUGUGUGGCGCAUGAAAUUCUUUAUUUGUACUUUGUGUGGUUAAACGGUCUGAUAUGAAAUGAGGCGGCAAGAUCAUGAUAGUUUACUUAUAGUAAAAGUUCACUCAAAUAUCUAAAUUGUAAUCAUUUACUCACCCUUGUGUCGUUCCAAACCCGUGUGACUUGCUUUCGUCCAUGGAAUAUGAAAGGACAUGUUUACUGUUCUAUUAUUAGGGACUACCAAGUUACAGAAAGGACAAAAACAUGUGAGUUAUUCACUUAAAUUCAUGCCCUCCGCCUUGGCUCUUAAAUCGUCAUUUGUGCAUUUGCAUAUUUGCAGGUUUAAGUGGUUUACGGGACUUUUUUAAUGUUACAAACUGGUAAUUGCAAGGGUAUUGUGCUAUAAAUGUGGUUAUGAGGACAUUUCUAGUGUCUCCUUAAUUCAAAUCGCUUAAAUACAUUAAACAAUGUUUUAUUGAAAAUGCAGUAUAAAAAUCAUUGUCUAUAGAGAGUCCUUGUAAUGAUAGCUGCACCAGUGUGCACGUGUGUGCGUGUGUGUGUGUUUAUACUACAUUGUGGGGACCAAAUGUCCCCAAAGGAUGGUAAAACCUACCUUGUGGGGCCCAGCCAGCGGCCUCCAUGAGGGAAAUGGCUUAAUUACUAAACAAUGUGUUUUGUCUGUUUUUGGUUUUCUGUAAAAAUGCAAAAAGGUUUCUGUGAGGGUUAGGGGAUCGAAAUUGUCGUUAGAUCU